AUGUCUGCUCCCAUCAACAGGUCUCUUAUGACCAUUAGAACGGAACUCGAGUUUCUUCUUGAAUCCAACGUCAUAACUAAUGAGUUAUACACUCAUAUUAACGACCAAUUGCCUCAGAAAUAUUCUCAAGGUAUGCCAGCAACUGGCCUAACAGUUCCCAAGUUUGAAAGGGCGGAGAAACCUGAAAAGCCCGAGAAAUCUGAAAAGAUGUCGUCUUACUCGGCACCUUCUGGUAUCAUACCUUCCGCUCCACCUUCUUAUUCCGAAGCUCAGGAGUAUGCCGAGGCAUUGUAUGACUACAGACCUCAACAGCCAGAGGAUAUUGAGCUAAGAAUAGGCGAUAAGAUCGCUGUGGUAGACAAAAUGUCUCCUUCGUGGUGGAGAGGUAGUUGUAACGGCAGAACCGGUAUCUUUCCUGCUAAUUACGUCAAACUUCUAGGCGUCGGAUCGAAAUCGCAAUCUGAAUCUCAAGUCAGGCUCCAGACUCAGCCUCAGCCUCAGCAAUACCAAUCUCAACAGUACAGCAUGGUUCAGCAACCACAACAGCAGCAACAGCAACAGCAGGUUGUGCAACAUACUCCCCAGCAGACUUUGCAAUCGCUUCAAUCAAAUGCAGCAGUGCAGAAGAUUGGUUCAAAGAUCGGUAGCGCAGUGAUUUUUGGUGCUGGUGCUACCAUUGGUAGCGAUAUUGUCAACUCCAUCUUUUAA